CUAGCAACAACGUAAACACGAAAGAAGCGAAAUGAAAGGAGAUUCUGAUUCUCCACUGGUGUGAGUGAGGAGUCUUCAUCGUUGAUUUUGCUUCCUCGAUUUCAUAGUCUGCAACUUUUCCUUAGAUUUGUGCUUAAAGAGUUGUUGGAAGAAUGGGAAAAGACGCAAAGGCAAAGGAGUCAGGAGGGAAGGGUAAGGGAAAGCAAGCUGCAAGUGGAAGCGAUGAGAAUGCUUCCAAGGGAAAAGGAAAAGGUGCGAAAGGUGGAGAUGGGCUUGGUACUUGCACUUAUGUCAAAGCAAGACAUAUCUUAUGUGAGAAACAAGGUAAGAUUAACGAAGCGUACAAGAAGCUGCAGGAUGGUUGGCUUAGCAAUGGGGAUAAGGUCCCUCCAGCUGAGUUUGCAAAGGUAGCCCAAGAGUAUUCUGAAUGUCCAUCAGGAAAGAAGGGUGGAGACCUUGGAUGGUUUCCACGAGGAAAGAUGGCUGGGCCAUUUCAGGAAGUUGCCUUCAACACACCUGUUGGAGUUACUAGUGCUCCAUUCAAAUCAACGCAUGGCUACCAUAUUAUCUUAUCUGAAGGAAGAAAGAACUGAUUCCUGGAUCAGAAUGAAGCUGAAUUUCAAUGGCAUUAGAGCACUUAAGUGUUGUCUGGUUAAAAUGAUCGGAUGUUGCAUGCAUUCCUUAACCGACUGUGGUUGAUAAUGUAAACCAACACUUUAUCAUAUGUAAACUGAUCUUGCUUUCUAAUACUUUUGAGAUCAUAAUAUAUGUGAAUGUUGAUGGUUACUGCAUUUGUUGUGACAUUUAUUAUUGCUUUUUUUGUGUGAAA